UUCCGAUGAUAGAGUAAAGUGUUUACAAAUUGGUGCGAAUUCAAGGUUUAGUGUUGGUUACUCGAGGCAAAUAACCUCAAAUAGUUUCUCAGUGUAUAACGUGAAAAAUCACCGUGAAAAUAUCAUUAUAAUCGAUCGAAUGAUGGAAUGUAGCGAGGAUACAGUGAGAGUAAAGCAAGAACCGAAUGAUGCAUGGACAGAUGCAGGCAACUGUUACAAUUUUGAUUUGGUGGACUCUUGCGAAGUUAAGAAAUUUGAAGCCUUGCCAUUUGAUGAACUAACAACAAAGCACGAAAAUGAGGCUAUGACGUUGCAGGAAAACGCAGAUCAAGAAAUAUUUAUCAAUUUGGAGUGCAAAGGUGUCACACUCGAACCGACGUUUCUAUCAAAAAGCAUUUGCGAAUCCGGACGUACACAUUUUUCAGCUACUGUGAAAAAGGAAAACGAAAAUUCGACCAGUUAUAUGAUUGAAAAAGGACUAUUGAAUGCGAACUCCUGUUCCGAAAUUUAUGAAUGUGAAAAUCGGAAAAGUUUCAAAGAAAUAGUGAAAAAAAAAUCACCACAUGAAUUAAAAAUACUUCCAGAAACUUAUACUGCAUAUGAAAGUAUAAAAAUGUAUUCGAAUACGAUACUCAGACCGAAUGGAUGUGAUAUUUUUCUCAAAUCAUCUGGACGAAAAGCUAAUCUCAAAACUCACAUUGAUACAGUACACAAUCAAAAUAAACCCUAUCAAUGUGAAAUUUGUCGAAAAUCAUUUGGGAAAAAGGGUACCCUCAAAACUCAUAUUCAUACAGUACACAAGCAGAGUAAACCCUUCGAAUGUGAGAUUUGCCACAAAUCAUUUGGAUACCGAAAUGUACUUAAAAAUCACACAAAUGCAGUACAUGAUCGGAACAAACCCUUCGAAUGUAAGAUUUGUCACAAUUCAUUUGGACUGAAACAUCACCUCAAAAAUCACAUAAAUGCAGUACAUAAUCGUAGCAAAUCCUUCGAAUGUGAGAUUUGCCACAAAUCAUUUCCACAUAAAAGUGUUCUCAAAAGACAUUCUAGUUCAGUACAUGAUCUUAGCAAAUUCGAGUGUGAGAUUUGUCACAAAUUAUAUGCAUAUAAGAGUAAUCUCCGUAAACACAAAAAGACAGUACAUAAUAGUAUUAAAUUUUUUGCUUUUGAAGAAAAAAGAAACCUCAAAAGGCACGUCAUAAAAGUACAUAAUCGUAGUUAACGAGGAGGGAGAUAUUUGUCUUAAAAUAUUUAAACUUAUAAAGACUUUUACAAUCCAGUAAUUUUGUGAAAAACAAUAAAGA